CAACUGCAAUGCCUACGCGUUUUCAAUCCAAAAACUCUUCCAUAAGUAACACAGCCCCACCCACCUCUCUCUCCUCUCUCCAACACAAACUUCAUUUAUUGCAAUUACAAGCUCCAAUCCAAUUGUGACAUUUAUAGCUGCAGGCCUUGGAUUUACAGUAGAUCAACUAGCUAGGGAUAGAGAAGAAUGAUUGGGAAUGGAGAUCCAGAGAGGGGAGCGCCCAGGAAGCAUCGCAACCAGAACUACUACGCUGGCGGAGUUGGAACCUACGACCUGGACUCUCACGACUCCUACUGGACUUCCUGGCUCGUUCCGCUGAUCGUUCUGGCCAACGUCGCCAUGUUCGUGGUGAUCAUGUUCGUCAAUAAUUGCCCCAAGAAUCACGACGGCCUCCAUGGAGAUUGCGUUGCCAAGUUCCUCCGCCGCCUCUCCUUUCAGCCCCUCCGCCAAAACCCUCUCUUCGGCCCCUCUUCCUCUACACUGGAAAAACUUGGAGCGCUUGAGUGGGACAAGAUAGUGCACCAGAAUCAAGCAUGGAGGCUCUUUACGUGCAUCUGGCUGCAUGCUGGUGUAAUUCAUUUACUUGCGAACAUGCUGAGCUUGGUGUUCAUUGGAAUUCGCCUAGAGCAGCAAUUUGGAUUUUUGCGUGUAGGGGUGAUUUACCUGUUGUCAGGUAUUGGUGGAAGCAUUCUAUCUUCCCUUUUCAUCCGUAAUAACAUCUCCGUAGGAGCCUCCGGUGCUCUGUUUGGACUUCUUGGAGCAAUGUUAUCGGAGUUAUUUACUAACUGGACUAUAUAUACAAACAAGGCUGCAGCUCUUUUUACUCUGAUUGUCAUCAUUGCAAUCAACUUGGCUGUUGGAAUUCUUCCACAUGUCGACAACUUUGCACAUAUUGGAGGCUUUCUUUCUGGUUUCCUCCUCGGGUUUAUACUCCUUGCCCGUCCCCAGUUUGGUUGGUUGGAAGGCCGGAAUCGCCCAGCUGAUACCCGACUGAAGUCCAAAUACACAGUCUACCAAUAUGUUUUCUGGAUUAUUGCUACUAUUUUGUUGAUUGUUGGAUUUACAGUGGGAUUGGUGAUGCUGUUCAAAGGUGAAAAUGCGAACGACAAAUGCAGCUGGUGUCAUUACCUUAGCUGCGUGCCUACAUCAAGAUGGAGCUGCGACAACUGAUCCGGAUUUCUCAACCGGCUGCUUUUUUAAUAUAUUUUUUGCCUUUAUUCGACUCACUUCACUUCAUAGUGUUCAUCGUAUAAAAUUAUGGUUUGUUUGUUUAAUUUUAUCCAUUCAUAUUUGUUACAUUUGUGUACAUGCAUAGUAGUAAUUAACAUCCACGAGACUAAUGAUAUUACUCUUUUUGAACAUAUGGAGAAUGUUAAUGUUGUGUUUUUUUCCUUCA